CUCCAGAGCCGAGGUACUGAGGUCGCUUCUGGUACACUCCAGAAUUCGUGGAGUGCGAAGCACCUUGGUGCUUUUCUGUGAGGAUAUGCUCAGCUUCAUCGGCAAAACGCAUAUGCAUGAGAGUAUGCCCAAGGUCACAGAAAUUAGCAAAGCUCCAUUUCUGCAAGUUAAAUAUGUGGCUGAGAAGGGGCACCUGGCGGCUGUCAAGGCCAGGGAUGUUUUCUAACAGGCGACGAGCCAGCAGACAUGGAGGGCACUCGGCCCAGCACGCCAGCUGUAACAAGCUCUCCCCUGCCAAAUACCUUGCAAGAAUGCAGGGAGGCACUUCCUGUCCACCAAGAUGGCAGUGUUGGCGCGCACCCAGCCAUGCGACUGGAUCACCAGGGCCUGGGUUUCUUGGGAACAAGCCGCUGAAAGCUCGUCAUAGGAUAUCCCCCAUUGCUUUGAAGCUUUCUCAAUGUGCGGAAUUGCAUUUGAAGCAACCACAAGCCCCACGCAAAGCCGGUCAAAGUCAACAAGCUUCAUAGCUUCACUGAUGCAUGUGGUGGCCCUGCUGGGGGCUUAAGGACCUAUCGUAUUGAAUGAAAAUCCAAAAUUUUCAUCAAGAAGAUUUGAUUAGUUUAUCUAGUUAUUACUUAAGUUAAUGGUGAUAUUCCCGUAUUGCAGAAUAUAUCCUUUUGUCAGAGGCUUUCAUGGCAUAACAGAGUCGAUUGCAGGAACGUUAAAAGGUCAAUGCGACAAACUAUUGGCAAGAGACACGAGACACCGGGCUCGUC